AUGGUGGUUUUUGUGGCUAUAACGUCAGCCAGAAGAAUGUCUGAGCUCAAAACUUUAAUGUCUGAGCCUCCUUAUACAGUGUUUUAUAAGGACAAGGUACAAUUGCGGCCACACCCGGCCUUUGUCCCUAAGGUUGUUUCACCAUUUCACGCAAAUGAGGACAUCUUUUUACCAGCAUUCUUCCCGAAGCCACAUACUAAUGACCAAGAAUGCAGGCUUCAUUUCCUAAACGUUAGACGGGCGCUGGCUUUUUAUAUUGAGUGGACAAAGCCAUUCAAGAAGUCGACACAACUCUUCAUUGCCAUUGCUGAGAGAAUGAAAGGACUGCCGGUCUCAUCCCAACGAAUCUCUUUUUGGAUUACGGCCUGUAUCAACACGUGCUACGACCUGGCAAAGAUACCAGCCCCAACAUUGAUGGCGCACUCCAUGAGAAUGCAAGCUUCAUCUGCAGCAUUUCUGGCGCAGGUCCCCAUUCAGGAUGUCUUUAGGGAGGCGACAUGGUUGUCUCUUCAUACCUUUACGUCGCACUACGCCAUCAUGCAGCAGGCUAGAGACGAUGCUGCAUUUGGUAGAGCUGUGCUACACUCUGCAACUCGUAAUAGUUAUGCAAGAGUGCGAGCUGUGGUGAUGACCCGGGAUGACUCAAGUGGUGGAUGGUUACCACUUGGAGGGGGUGGACUAAGCUGUGUUACGGUCUUCAAAGUCAUUCAUCAAGAAGAGAACAGCUGUGCUGAUUUUCUUAUCCACGGAGAACGACUCAGGGAUAAAACGGUGGUUUUGGAAUGUACGUUAAAGAAGGACCUCAUUUACAACAAAGUUACCCCAACUUUUCACCACUGGAAGAUUGAUGACAAGAAGUUUGGCCUCACAUUUCAGAGUCCUGCUGAUGCACGAGCAUUUGACAGAGGCAUCCGUAGAGCUGUAGAAGAUAUCUCUCAAGGUUGUCCACCAUUGCACAGUGAUGCUGAAGUGGCUGAAGAUGGCUUUCAAGCAAUUCAAGACGAUACUUCCAGUUCAUUAAAAGAUCACCUUUUCCAACAUGAAACCGUAGUAACCAGCGAACCUUAUAAAAGUCCAAAUAUAAGGCCCUCGACGUUUGAGGAAUUGAACUAUAGAAGAGCCUACUUUCCCAGCCAACCCAACCAGGUCCCAUUGAAAUCAAUCAGACACGUCAGCUUUCAGGAUGAAGAGGAAAUUGUUAGAAUAAAUCCUCGUGAUAUUUUAAUACGUCGUUAUGCAGACUACAGACAUCCUGACAUGUGGAAAAAUGAUCUGGAGAGGGAUGAGGCGGACUCCAAUAUACAGUUUUCUAAGUCCGACAAUAAAAAAUCGGACUAUCUAUAUCCAUGUGUGGAUGGGACUAAGCUGAAUUCACUAAAAGACCCGAAGAGUUCUGUGGUAUUUAAAACACAGCCUUCCUCGUUAAAAUUUAAAAAGUCAAAAAGAAGGAAAGAGGAUGGUGAGCGUUCUCGCUGUAUAUACUGCCAGGAGAGAUUUAAUCAUGAAGAGAAUGGCAGGGGGAAAUGUCAGGAUGCUCCAGAUCCUAUUAAAAGAUGCAUAUACCAAGUUAGUUGCAUGCUUUGUGCAGAGAGCAUGCUAUAUCACUGCAUGUCAGACUCUGAAGGAGAUUUCUCUGACCCCUGCUCAUGUGACACUAGUGAUGACAAGUUCUGCUUACGAUGGUUAGCCCUGAUAGCUUUGUCAUUCAUUGCCCCAUGUAUGUGCUGCUACCUCCCCUUGAGAGCAUGCCAUCACUGUGGUGAGGUGUGUGGGUGCUGUGGAGGAAAGCAUAAAGCUGCUGGAUGA